AUGGGUUCUCGCGACGAUGAAUACGACUACUUGUUCAAGGUUGUAUUGAUUGGAGACUCUGGCGUCGGCAAAUCAAACCUACUCUCCCGUUUCACUCGAAAUGAGUUCAACUUGGAAUCGAAAUCAACGAUUGGGGUUGAAUUCGCUACUAGGAGCAUCCAGGUGGAAGGAAAGACAGUGAAGGCGCAAAUUUGGGAUACAGCUGGGCAAGAACGCUAUCGGGCCAUCACAUCAGCGUAUUAUCGUGGAGCGGUUGGGGCGCUACUUGUUUAUGACAUUGCCAAGCAUGUCACCUACGAGAACGUCGAACGCUGGUUGAAGGAACUCAGAGACCACGCAGAUCAAAAUAUAGUCAUCAUGCUGGUCGGCAACAAAAGUGAUCUUCGCCAUUUACGGGCUGUUCCUACCGACGAGGCGAAGAUGUAUGCCGAGAAAAACCAACUGUCUUUCAUCGAAACGUCAGCCCUCGACAGUACGAAUGUGGAAGCUGCCUUCACCAACAUUUUGACCGAAAUUUACCGAUCUGUGUCAAAUCGUCAUGUCGGUGGUGAUCGUCCUGCCGUUCCGCUCAGCAAAGGAGUCGACCUCUCUGAUCGUGCGGCAGAUCAACCGAAAAAGCAAUGCUGCUCAUCG